GUCAGGUGAGCGGCGUCACGUGACGGCGCUGGCUGCGGGGCCGCGGCGGCGGGUGGCGGAGCGCAGCGGCGAGGGGCCUCCGGGUGCGCGGCCUCCCCGGGACUGCCGAGAGGCGGCUGCCGCCUUCUCCCUUGCACGGCCCUCGCUCGCCCACGUACCCUUGGGGUACAAUUUAAUUAUCAAUUAAGAUGGAUAUCCGAGGUGCUGUAGAUGCUGCUGUCCCAACAAACAUCAUUGCUGCCAAAGCUGCUGAAGUUCGGGCAAACAAAGUAAACUGGCAGUCUUAUCUCCAAGGGCAAAUGAUUUCAGGUGAAGACUGUGAAUUUAUUCAAAGAUUUGAACAGAAAAGAAAUCCAGAAGAAAAACAGGAGUUGUUGCAAACAGAAGGCAAUCAAUGUGCUAAAACGUUUAUAAACUUGAUGACUCACAUCUCCAAGGAACAGACGGUUCAGUACAUUCUGACAAUGGUUGAUGAUAUGCUACAAGAAAAUCAUCAGCGUGUUUGUAUCUUCUUUGAUUAUGCAAAACGUGGUAAAAACACUGCAUGGUCCUAUUUUCUGCCUAUGUUGAAUCGACAAGAUCUUUUCACUGUGCAUAUGGCAGCAAGAAUUAUUGCCAAACUGGCUGCUUGGGGCAGGGAACUUAUGGAAGGCAGUGACUUGAAUUACUAUUUCAACUGGAUUAAAACUCAGCUCAGUUCACAGAAACUACGUGGUACGGGGGGUUCUGUGGAAGCAGGAGCAGUCUCUACAAGUGAUAGUUCCCAGUAUGUACAAUGUGUUGCCGGAUGUCUGCAGCUGAUGCUCAGGGUCAAUGAAUACCGCUUUGCGUGGGUAGAAGCAGAUGGAGUAAAUUGUAUCAUGGGGGUCUUGAGCAACAAAUGUGGCUUCCAGCUCCAGUAUCAGAUGAUUUUCUGUGUGUGGCUGCUGGCGUUUAGUCCUCAAAUGUGUGAAUAUCUCCGUCGGUAUAAUAUUGUUCCAGUGUUGUCAGAUAUUCUUCAGGAAUCUGUCAAAGAGAAAGUAACUAGAAUCAUCCUUGCAGCAUUUCGGAAUUUGUUAGAGAAAUCUACUGAGAGAGAAACUCGCCAAGAAUAUGCUCUUGCCAUGAUUCAGUGCAAAGUUUUAAAGCAGCUAGAGAAUUUGGAUCAGCAGAAAUACGAUGAUGAAGACAUAAGUGAAGAUAUCAAGUUUCUACUGGACAAGCUCGGUGAGAGCGUGCAGGACCUUAGCUCCUUUGAUGAGUACAGUUCUGAGCUCAAGUCAGGAAGACUGGAGUGGAGUCCUGUACACAAAUCUGAGAAGUUUUGGCGGGAGAAUGCUGUAAGGCUAAAUGAGAAAAAUUAUGAACUACUCAAAAUCCUGACAAAACUUCUGGAAGUUUCUGAUGACCCACAGGUGCUGGCUGUAGCUGCUCAUGAUGUGGGCGAAUAUGUACGACACUAUCCCCGUGGGAAACGAGUGAUUGAACAACUUGGUGGUAAACAGCUGGUUAUGAACCACAUGCAUCAUGAAGACCAACAAGUUCGUUAUAAUGCACUACUGGCUGUGCAGAAGCUGAUGGUUCACAACUGGGAAUACCUUGGAAAGCAGUUGCAGUCAGAACAACCUCAAACGGCCACCGCACGGAGCUAAACACUUCUGUCAGUUCAUGCUUAUAGCUACAGUAUGUUUGUCUUUAAAUUAAUAUCAAGGAAACACUGAAAUCACAUGUUCUUUGCGUGCUGCUAGUGCGUAAACUUUCCAUGUUUCCUCUAGUAUUGUUGGCUUAUAAAAAUUUGUUCAACUAGUUCUGAUGAUUAUGCCUAUUAGCUGCUUGUUAUAUUCUGAAUGUAUAUGAGGAAAUGUCGCUAAUAUAUUGCAUUUGUUUUAUGUAUUUAUUCUCAUAAUAAAGACUGUUAUUAAAGGA